AUGAACGGGGCCGUUGAUUCCGCGCUUUUCGCUUUUCUAUUUCCCUCUCUUUGGGAGAUCAAAGUCGCCGUCGCCGCCUCUGUCUUCGUCAUAAUCGCCUAUCGCUUCUUCGCCGUCCGAACCGGACACCUCCGAGCCGAUCCGUCGCUUCCCGACACCGCCGUUGAUGUCGCCGACGACAAAGACAAGAUAGGGCUGCCUAAAGUGGAUUCUCAAGCCAGUUCAGCCUACCUCAUCAAGUUAGAACUGUUGGCUGCUAAGAAUCUUGUUGGUGCAAACUUAAAUGGCACAUCAGAUCCGUAUGCUAUCAUUACAUGUGGCAAUGAAAAGCGAUUCAGUUCCAUGGUCCCUGGUUCAAGAAAUCCAAUGUGGGGCGAGGAGUUCAAUUUUUCUGUUGAUGAACUUCCUGUUCAGAUCAAUGUCACAAUUUAUGACUGGGAUAUAAUUUGGAAAAGUGCAGUUCUUGGUUCAGUGACUGUUCCAGUUGAGAGUGAAGGUCAGACUGGUGCAGUGUGGCAUACUUUGGAUAGUCCAUCAGGGCAGGUUUGUCUCCAUAUAAAAACAAUAAAACUGUCUGGAACCAGGAUAAAUGGUUAUGGAGGAGCCAACCCUCGAAGAAGGGUCCCAACCUUGGAAAGACAGGGGCCCACUGUAGUCCAUCAAAAGCCAGGGCCUCUUCAGACAAUAUUUUCUCUUCAUCCAGACGAGGUUGUUGAUCAUAGUUAUUCUUGUGCACUUGAGAGGUCAUUCUUGUACCAUGGUCGUAUGUAUGUCUCAGCAUGGCACAUUUGUUUCCAUUCCAAUGUGUUCUCAAAGCAAAUGAAGGUGCUUAUUCCAUUUGAAGAUAUAGAUGAGAUUCGAAGGAGUCAACAUGCAUUCAUUAAUCCUGCUAUAACAAUUAUUCUUCGCAUGGGUGCUGGUGGACAUGGUGUCCCUCCUUUGGGAAGUCCUGAUGGUAGGGUACGAUAUAUGUUUGCAUCAUUUUGGAACAGGAAUCAUGCAUUCAGAAAUCUGCAGCGUGCAGCUAAGAAUUUCCAUGAAAUGUUGGAAGCUGAGAAGAAGGAAAAUGCAGAGUCAGAGCAGCGUGCACAUAGCAGUUCUGUUAGAGGAAAUAAGCUACUGGAAAAGGUUCCUGAAGAAAGCAUGUCAAAAACUAGAAAACUUCCACAUUUUAUCAAAGAAGAGGCUUUAGUUGGUAUAUACAAUGAAGUUUUUCCCUGCACAGCUGAGCAGUUUUUUAAUUUAUUAUUAAAUGACGGUUCAAAUUUUACUAGCAAAUAUCGUUCAAUAAGAAAGGACACUAAUCUUGUGAUGGGCCAGUGGCAUACGGCAGAUGAAUACGAUGGUCAAGUCCGGGAGAUAACCUUCAGAUCACUCUGUAACAGCCCUAUGUGCCCUCCAGAUACGGCCAUGACAGAGUGGCAACAUCAUGUUCUAUCACCAGACAAAAGAAUCCUGGUGUUUGAAACUGUGCAGCAGGCACAUGAUGUUCCAUUUGGAUCGUAUUUUGAGGUACACUGUAAAUGGAGCUUGGAGACAAUUAAUGAGAGCUCAUGUACUCUGGACAUAAAAGUGGGAGCACAUUUCAAGAAAUGGUGUGUUAUGCAAUCCAAAAUAAAGUCAGGGGCAGUCAAUGAGGUUAGUAGAUCUUUCGUUGACAAAGUUAUUUCAUACAGUAGUUCUAAGUCACAGUACAAGAAAGAAGUUGAUGUCAUGUUAGAUGUUGCGCGAUCAUUCAUAAAAUCACAUACUUUUUCUAAUGACGAGGAUGGCGAGGUUUCUUCGCUCGUGACCCUGGAAAGCUAA